AUGGAGCUGCAGCAGCACGAUGUGCUUAGGACGGGGCCCAGCAACAACAACUGUCUGCGGGUGCUCCCGCUGGGCAAGAACAAGACCCAGAAGGUCGCGGUGGGCGAGAUCAGCGGCGUGCUGCACUGCUGGAGCAUGAAGAAGAUGGUCCUCGACACCUCCUUCAAGAGCAUGUCCGGCGACCCCGUCCACACCCUCACUCUCGGCCUCCAAGCGGAACAGGACGGGAGGAUCUUCGUCGGGCGCGGGCGGACGCUGCAGGGCAUCACGAAGAAAGGCAAGGAGUUCUUUUCGUACGAGACGGGCCUCCAGGAGGACGUCCGGGCCCUGCGCGUGGACGGCUCCGACAUCCACGUCCUCCUGAGCCAGUCCACGAUCCGCAUGCACCAGUCAGACCGCGGGCGGAUGGAGGAGGAGGAGUACCUGGGCGCGCAGCGGCUCACCGCGUUCGACGUCGCGCCCGUCGUGGCCGGGCAGCCGCGCUGGACGGUCGCCGGGACGACCACGGGGCAGAUCAAGGUGCUGCGGGCGGGCGACGUGUACUACGAGACGGACGUUGAGGGCCCCGUGACGGCGGUGGCGCACAACCACGCGUCGAUCGACACGCUGAGCGGCAACCGGUACGCCGGGUCGCAGGAGAUGGUGUACGGGUGCGAGAACGGCGCCGUCGGGCAGCUGCUGCUCAGCCAGCAGGCGAUGAAGCACGGGUGGGCCGUCACGCCCAAGAACGCGCGCCCCGCGGCGGUGACGCACGUGGACCCGUGCCCGGACGUGAACAGGGACGGCAUGCCGGAGGUGGUGGUGGCGCGCGAGAACGGUCUGCUCGAGGUGUACGCGAAGGACGACAUGGAGGGGAUGGAGUGUAUCUUCCAGGGGAGCCUGAACGAGGGCGCGGCGGCGAUCGACCACGGCCGCGUGACGACGCACCGCACGGAGGAGAUCGUGGUGCACACGUCGUCCGGGCGCAUCGUCGCGAUGGGCGUGGAGACGAUGGGCGACCGGUUCGCGGGCGCCGGCGACCGCCUCGGGAAGAUGGCGGCGGGCGUCGCCGCGAUGCGUGCCGCCGCGUUUGGCGUGGCCAGCGCCAGCGUGGACGAGACGCGCGGGCUCGACGAGCAGGGCUUCGCGGUCGACGAGCAGGAGAUCGCGAUCCGGGAGGUCCGCGACGAGGUCUCCGCGCUCACGAAGCAGCUCAACGAGGCCCGGGAGGAGCUGGAGGCAUUUUCGAGUCAGGGGGGGGGUCCCGGGGGGCCGGCCGAGGUGGCGGACUCGAGCUCGUCGCUCGCGCUCGACCCCGAGGAGGGCGUGCAGGUCCUGAGCGUGCAGUGCGUGGCCGGCAUCGAGAUGCUCAUGCUGCACUGCACGUGUCCCGCGGAGCUCUCGGACUGCGAGGGCGGCGACGGCAUCCUGAGCCGGUGCCCGCACCCGCCGGGGAUCACGGGCCUGCAGGAGUGCAUCUUCACGUACCGGUGCCGGGAGAACUCGACGCGCGUGCAGCUCGUCGUGGACGUGCGCGAGGGCCGCUCCGGAACGCUGACGGUGUUCACAGUGCCCAAGCAGCAGCCCAAGGCCGCGCGGGUGCAGCGGCACCGCAUCGCGCCGCUGUCGCUGCACCAGCACGCCGACGAGCUCGAGGAGGCGCGGCCGUACAGCGAGCUCCGCAUUCUCGGCCACUUCAGCGCGGCGGACGCGCACGCGUGGUGCGCGCAGCUCGCGGCCGCGCCGGACACCGCCGCGGCGCAGCCCGGCGUGAUCAUGCUGCGCCACUGCAUGCUCAGCACGGGCCUGCGCAUGGCGUACGCCAACGGGGUGCUCACGUUCCACUCGGACAACCUGACCACGCUGGCGGUGGCGCGGGACUUCAUCACCGGGCUCGUGACGGACCAGAAGCAGCGCGUGCAGAUCUCGAUCGAGGUCCACCCGCAGGCCGUGCCGCACCUCUGCGCGCUCAUCUGGCCGCGCUUCGAGAUGGUUCAGGCGCUGCAGGCCAACGCCGCGCUCGUGGAGGCGCUCCAGGAGAUCCGGGCGAUGGACGGCACGGCCGCGAACUUCCACCCGGACCACCUGGACGUGCUGGAGCACGCCGACGCGAUCAAGCGGCAGCUGGAGCGCAUGCCGGCGGUGAAGGGCGGCAUGGUAGAUAUGCUGCGGGAUCUGCACGUGUCGUAUCAUAGAUUCAUGGGGAGCGGGGCGCCGGCGGGGCGGCAGCGGCUGCUGCAGGAGCUGCUCAACUCCGGGAAGGUCACGCGCGAGACGCUCGUGAACGCCGUGAUGGACGAGUAG